AUGGCGCUGAGUGGCGUCGCAGAGUUCCUUUACCACGCCCUGGUCAGAACCUUCCUGCUCAACUCCUUCCUGUCUGGGUUCAUUGCCUGUUCUGGGGCAGUCGUACUGUCAGUUUGUUUGCGGAUACAGGUCACCCCUCAGAACAAAGGAGACUUCAUUGGAAUCCCUCCUGAGGGCCUGUACCAGGUGAGGAUUUGCAGACAGAAAUCUCAAACUGAACCUUUGCGCCGCAGAGUCGUUGCGAUACCUGGACCGGAGUCGUGGAGCGAUGAUGCGAGACAGGGGCUGCGACUGGUGAAGAGCACCAAGCCAAAGCCAUUGGGAAGAUCCAACCUGGCGAGGCGUGGGGAGAAACGGUGGAAGUGCGGGGAGUGUGGCAAGGGAUUCCUGUCGCCAUCGGCGCUGGAGAUUCACCGGCGGGUCCACACCGGGGAGAGGCCGUUCGCCUGCCCGCGCUGCGGGAAGGGCUUCACCCAGUCCUCCCACCUGCACAGGCACCAACAGAUCCACACCGGGCAGAAGCCAUUCCCCUGCCCCGAGUGCGGCAUGGGCUUCACGGACUCCUCCGUCCUGCAUGCCCACCGGCGGCUCCACACCGGGGAGAGGCCAUUCGCCUGCUCUCAGUGUGGGAAAGCUUUUGCCAGCCCCUUCGUCCUGCGCACCCACCAGCGGGCCCACGCCGGGCUGAAGCCCUUCCCCUGCCCAGAGUGCGGCAAGGCCUUCAGCAACCCCUCCGUCCUGCGCGCCCACCGGCGGCUCCACACCGGGGAGAGGCCUUUCGCCUGCCCCGAGUGCAGCAAGGGCUUCGCCAACUCCUCCAACCUGCUGACCCACCAGCGGGUCCACACCGGCGAGAGGCCCUUCCCCUGCCCUGAGUGUGGCAAGGCCUUCAACCAGCUGUCCAACCUGCUGACCCACCGGCGGGUCCACACUGGGGAGAGGCCCUUCUCCUGCUCACUGUGCAGGAAGGCCUUCGGCAACUCAUCCAAGCUGCUGAGGCACCGGAGGGUCCACACCGGGGAGAGGCCGUUCACCUGCUCCCGGUGCGGGAAGGGUUUCACCCAGUCCUCCAACCUGCGGAGGCACCAGCGAGUCCACGAGCCAUGACGGGCAUCAGAUCCGACCGUGAUCGUUCCUGUCCCGGGACGGUAUGGUGGCUCAGUGGUGAGCACUGCUGCCUCAUGGUGCCAGGGACCUGGGUUUGAUUCCAGCCUCGGGGCGGCUGUCUGUGUGAAGUUUACACGUUCUCUCCCUAUCUCUGCGUGGAUUUCCUCCGGGCGCUCCAGUUUCCUCCAAAAGAUGUGCAGGUUAGGGUGGACUGGCCAUGCUAAAUUACCCAUUGUGCCCAGGGAUGUGCUGGUUAGGGUGGACUGGCCAUGCUAAUUACCCAUAGUGCCCAGGGACGUGCAGGUUAGGGUGGAUUGACCAUGCUAAAUUACCCAUAGUGCCCAGGGAUGUGCAGGUUAGGGUGGACUGGCCAUGCUAAUUACCCAUAAUGCCCAGGGAUGUGCAGGUUAGGGUGGAUUGGCCAUGCUAAAUUACUGAUAGUGCCCAGGGGUGUGCAGGUUAGGGUGGAUUGGCCGUGCUAAAUGACAGCAUAGUGACUGGGGAUAUUAGGUGUAUUAGCCGUGGGAAAUGCAGUGUCACAGGGAUUGGGGGUGGGGGGUGGACGAAUCUUUGAGCGGGGGAAAUGGGCCUGGGUUGAAGGCUCCUCCAGAGACUCAGUGUGGACUCAUUGGGACGAGAGGCCUGUUUUUCUUGCUGUAGGUAGUCUCUACAGAAUCUUACUAUUUAUAUCAGCUCAGCUAAGUGCUCGCUGCACUCUCAUCUGAAUCAUUUGCAAUUCAUGGGCCCAAGGUCACUCUUAGUUUAAGGGCCCUUGUGGUAGUGUUCCUCCCUCACUGUGCAUCGGGAAGUCCUGGCUCGCAUCCCACCUGCUCCAGUGGAGGGUUAUCACAACUCCGCGGGGGUUCCGUGUAGGUUGAUGAGAAUUUCUCUUUUGUUUGGAGGAAGACCAUAAGAAACAGGAACACGAGGAGGCCAGUUGGCCGCUCUGGUCUACUCUUGCUCGGCAACACAAUCGCGGUUGAACCGACAAUCCUCGCCUCCACUUUUCCCAUAACCCUGGGAUUCCCCGACGGAUCAAGACUCUGAACCUCAGAUAGCUCAUAGGGACUCAGCCCCCACAGCUCUCUGCGGCAAGGAGUUCCAAAGACAAUAUGAGAAAAGAUAUUCCUCCUCAUCUUAAAUCAGUGCUCCCUUUGUUCUGAGACUGUGCCCUCUGGUCUGACGUUCUCCCACGAGGGAGGGGAAGCAGCCUCUCAGGACUGACCCUUCAAUAUCUGAUUGGUUUCAGCAAGGUCACACCUCUCUCACUUCUAAGUGCCAGUGAGUGCGGUUCCCAACCUGUUUAACCUUGGUUCAUAACGUCAUCCUCUCCACACUGGGGAUCACCUGAGUGGACCUUCACUGAACUGCCUCCGAUGAAAUGAUACCUUUUCUUCAAUGAGGGGAACCAGAACGGCCCACGCAAUAUUCCAGUUGUGACCUCCUCAGCACCUUGGGGAGUUGCAGUAAGACUUCCCUACUGUUAGAUUCCAGCCCUCCCUUGAAAUAAGGACCAAUAUUCCAUUCGCCUUCCUGAGUACCUGUUAUAGAGUCAUUAAGAUGGACAGCAUGGAAACAGAUCCCUUGGUCCAACUCAUCCAUGCCGACCAGAUAUCCCUAACCUAAUCAAGUCCCAUUUGCCAGCAUCCGGCCUAUAAACCCUUCCUAUUCGUGUCCCUGUCCAGAUCCCUUUUAAAUACUGUAAUUGUACCAGCCUCGACCACUAUCAAAUCAUUCCAUACACGUACCACCCUCUGUAUGAAAAUGUUGUCCCUUAGGUCUCUUUUAAUUCUUUCCCCUCUCACCCUAAACCUAUUCCCCUCUAGUUCUGGACUCCCUCGCCCCUGGCAAAAGACCUUGUCUAUUUAUCCCUAUCCAUGCCCCCUCAUGAUUUUAUAAACCUCGAUGAGGUCACCCCUCAGCCUCUGACGCUCCAGGGAAAACAGCCCCAGCCUGUUCAGCCUCUCCCUGUAGCUCAAAUCCUCCAACCCUGGCAACAUCCUUGUGAAUCUUUUCUGAACCCUUUCCAGUUUCACAAUAUUCUUAUGAUAGGAAGAUCAGAAUUGCACACAAUAUUCUAAAAAAUGUCCUGAACAGCGUGGAUAUGACUUGCCUGUCUGCCAGUUGUGUUUGGUGCACUGGAAUUUCAAAGCCUUUUUGUCUUGCAACUUUUUUGCGGAUUCUUUCCAUUUCAAAAAAUUCUGUUCUGUUGUUCCCCCUUCCAAACUUGGAACAGUGUUACAGUUUCCAUAUUUUCUUGUUUUGCAAACUUCUUUGCCCACUUUGUCAACCUGUAGAUACCUUCUUUGGACGGUUUUUUUGUCCCUCUUGUGACCUACCUGUCCACCUAUUUUUGAGUCACUUGCAACUUUGGCUGCGGUGGUCACCGUUUAAUCACAAACAAGUUCAGUGUACUGAGUGUCUGGAUUUUCACCGAGCAUUGGAAGAUGGUGUCAAAGGCCAGGUCAGGGCAGAGAAUUAAGACUCAAUCCUUAGUAGUGACAUUGAACGUAAUAUACCUGAGUUUGUGGACAAUCAGAAAAGAUUCAUUUCACCAUUCGCGACCACAGGACUCCCAAAACUUGUCUUUCAUGGGAUUGUAUGAUUCAUUUUUGGAUGGGUAUAUCUUGUAUGAACCAAAUAUAUGACCAUGGUAUCAAUAGCUACAUCGUAAUCAAACUUGAUUAAAUAAAUGCUGAACCUUAA